AUGUCAAAGACGAGCUAUUUAAAAACAAGAAGUUUUCUUCCACAUAGAAGUCGGAACAAGUCUUUAACGACCAAUACUAGUCAGGACUCAAAAAUAAUGUACCCAAAAUACUCUCAAAACUCACAGAACCACUACAGAAAUUCCCGACAGAAUGUGGUACGGCAGCGGAAGUCCAUUAAUCUCAAUGCGCAGCUAGUCCACCACAAGCGGGAGCAGAAUCUGCAGGCUAGAAAAUUUAAGAACAUAACCGUGCAGAAGGAAUUUAGGAAAUAAUAGAGAUAUUAAGGAUCUGAAGAAUAUUCAGGCUAAGAGGAGU